CUAGUGAUAGAUAUAACCAUAAGGUGCUGGGGAGCCCAGGGAAAAUGGCCUCACAGUCGCUGCACAUCAGACGAGACCAUUAAAGCAGGAGGAAGGACAUUCCGGAUACCGCCAGCCUCCUAUCCCCGGCUGCCCUGCUCCACUUCUCCUUGUUCCUCCCUCCUUCUCUCCCAUUUCCUUUUCCCAUCCCCUGGGGGGGGAGAAGCUCGGGUCCCUCCCUAGAAUGGGCAGGGCCGCGCUCAGUUUCCUGCAGCCGAUACAUUGGAGCACAGGGAUUCCAGCCGCGGAAAAUACCAAGCACCGGAGAGGGGAGCCUGCGGGGUCGCGCUGACCCUUCUCCACUGCAGACACAAGCGGAUCCCCCCUGUAUUGUUCGGUGCGAGUGUAAGGCAGCGCCCUGGCUCAGAAGGGGAUCCCCUCCUCUCCCCUGAGGAUGUCUCGGAAGGUGCCGAGAGGCGAGGUGUGUGCAGACUGCAGUGCUCCAGAUCCUGGGUGGGCCUCCAUAAACCGGGGCGUUCUGAUCUGUGAUGAGUGUUGUAGUGUGCACCGAAGUUUGGGGAGACACAUCUCCAUAGUGAAACAUCUCCGGCACAGCACGUGGCCAUCGUCUCUCUUACAGAUGGUGCACACGCUGGCCAGUAACGGGGCAAACUCCAUCUGGGAGCACUCACUUCUGGAUCCAGCACAGGUACAAAGCGGCCGACGUAAAGCCAACCCCCAGGACAAAUUACACCCCACAAAGUCUGAGUUUAUUCGUGCCAAGUAUCAGAUGCUAGCGUUUGUACAUAAGCUACCAUGUCGGGAUGAUGAUGGAGUGACCGCUAAAGAUCUGAGCAAGCAACUCCACUCCAGCGUGAGGACCGGGAACCUGGAGACCUGCUUGCGGCUACUAUCUCUUGGGGCCCAGGCCAAUUUCUUCCACCCGGACAAAGGAACCACCCCAUUGCAUGUAGCAGCAAAAGCUGGACAGAUCCUGCAGGCAGAGCUCUUAGUGGUGUAUGGAGCAGAUCCUGGGGCACCUGAUGUGAACGGCAGGACACCCAUUGAUUAUGGCAGGCAGGCUGGUCAUCAUGAUCUGGCGGACCGAUUGGUGGAGUGCCAGUAUGAACUGACGGAUAGGUUGGCUUUUUACCUGUGUGGACGCAAACCAGAUCAUAAAAAUGGCCAUUACAUUAUUCCCCAGAUGGCUGACAGAACUCGGCCUCGAGGUGCGCCUCAGAGUUUGGACCUGUCUGAGCUUGCAAAAGCGGCCAAGAAAAAGCUACAAGCCCUCAGUAACCGGCUGUUUGAGGAGCUCGCCAUGGAUGUCUAUGAUGAAGUUGAUAGAAGAGAAAAUGAUGCAGUUUGGCUGACCACGCAGAACCACAGCACUUUGGUCACGGAACGCAGUGCAGUCCCCUUCCUUCCAGUUAACCCUGAAUAUUCUGCCACACGGAAUCAGGGGCGCCAAAAGCUGGCACGAUUCAAUGCACGGGAAUUUGCUACUCUGAUCAUAGACAUCCUGAGUGAGGCCAAGAGGCGGCAGCAAGGGAAGACCCAAGUAAUCCCCACAGACAAUUUUGACUACUCGUUCCGGAAUGCCAAUGACUGCGAUGACCAACACGACUAUGAUAGUGUAGCAUCGGAUGAAGACACUGACCAGGAGGUGCUCAGAAACUCCAGAAAUAACAGAGCAAGGAGUAUGGACUCCUCAGACCUGUCAGACGGCCCCAUCACACUCCAAGAGUACCUGGAAGUUAAAAAAGCACUGGCAACGUCAGAUGCCAAAGUGCAGCAACUGAUGAAAGUGAAUAACAAUCUGAGCGAGGAGCUGCGCCGGCUGCAGAGAGAGAUCCAAAAGCUACAGUCGGAGAACACACAGAUUAGACACCAGACAGGUCCUUCACCGCCCCCACCUGCAAACCCUGAGCGAACUGAACACCCCUCGUCCGCUGCCCACCAACGGGUCCGCCAGGCUUUUUCUAUGUAUGAGCCGGGCUCUGCACUCAAGCCUUUUGGACAGUCUACAGAUGAUCUGAGUAACAGACUGCAGCCUUUUCACUCCGGGAUCCGGAAAGGCAUUUCUGCCUCUUCUGUGCCCUUUCCCCCCUUGUCUUCCCCUCUGUUCUCUGGACCCCCGGACACUGGCCGGAACAUGCCUACAAAACCAGAGCGGCAUGGCAGUGGCACAGACAGUGACUAUGAUAAUACACAGACCACAGAAACCAGCAGCGGGCUUGAUGGCAGGAGGUUCCUGGAAAUGUCCCGGGAUGAGGAUUCCCACACGGAGACUGAGGAUGUGGAGCUGGAGUUAGACCCUGCCCUUCCCAGUACAGAGGACGUGAUCCUGCGAACGGAGCAAGUUACCAAAAACAUCCAGGAGCUGCUGAGGGCUGCACAGGAGUUCAAGCACGACAGUUUUGUCCCGUGUUCGGAAAAGAUUCACUCUGCAGUAACCGAGAUGGCAUCUCUCUUUCCCAAGAAACCUGCCCUGGAGACAGUGCGAUCAUCGCUACGGUUACUUAAUGCCAGCGCCUACCGACUGCAAAGCGAGUGUCGCAAAACCAUCCCGCCAGAACCAGGGGCCUCUGUGGACUUCCAGCUCCUGACGCAGCAGGUCAUCCAAUGCGCUUACGACAUCGCAAAAGCCGCCAAACAGCUGGUCACCAUCACCACCCGCGAGAAGAAGCAGUGACCACUCUCACAGGCGACUGCCAUCUCCAUUUCCAAACUGUCAGUUUACCACACAGAGCUCUUACUCCCACGUAGCUGUCCUUGCAUAUUUCACACACAUGACUCCGAGGUGCGGGUACAGCCCGUCCCCCUCACUGAAUAACAUUAAGAAUUGGCUUCCUACAUUCCACAGUAGCUGGAGUAAAGGUGCAGCUCCAUAACAUACAAUUGUAUCUGUGCAAUACUGCCCUUGUUCUGUACAUCCUACAAUCUGAUUGGAUAUCCCUAAAACUAGAUGCAGAUGGAAUAUAAUGAUUGUAAAAUAAGUACGGUCCUUUGUGUUCUCCUAUAGUAGCGAUUCAGGUCAGAGAGAAAUCCUCUCUCCUUCAUCCUUAUCGUCACUGUGGAAUAUCAGUGUACCAGGCUCCAAUUACAGGUGGUUCUCACGCUGGUGGUGGAUCAGGGUCCAUAAUGUACUUGUGUACAACUACAGAUAGAAUGUCACAUCACUCUCACCCAACCCCCCCCCAACGGCCUUUUAUUAGAGGUGAACGUGCAGUCACAAAUUCCCUUUUAAAAUAAUUUAACAUAUCCUUGUUCUGAUCAUGGUUGAUGGUCAAACAUUACUAUAGGAUUAGAAUUGUUUCAUUGAAGCUGUGUUGUGGGGCCGCAUAUUUCCCACCCAUUGGCUAACGUGUGGCACAAGAUAUACCAGGCAGAACCCUAGGGUAGGAGCACCAUGAUCGACAGAGGAGGGGGUUGUACUAUGCAGCAAAUGGACAGAAGCUAAAUGUACAGCUUGAAUAUCCCCCCACCCCUGUCUGUUUGUUCUAGAGCAGGGCCCGUAGCGAAUGGCACACACAUCUCUGGCACCCAGCAAGGGGGCCAGCGCUCAUAAAUUAGUGACAUUUACGUGUGCAAUGCUGCAAACACUGGGCAAAGCACAAAACUCUCGCUGAGCCGGACGGGCAUUCACUUCAGCACAAGAGCAGCCAGUCCUUACCAUGCAACGCCGCACAUCAUUGUUAAUAUGAGACGCUAAACAUACACUGGAAUCAAUGUGUAUAUAUAUAAAUAUAUAUACAUAUAAUAUAUACUAAGCAAUUGUUAUGUGAACAGUAUGGGGGUUGAUGUUGGACGACUGUUAAAUUUCUGAUGUAUGAUAACCACUUUCAAGCUCAUUACUCUGUGAAGAGUAGCACAACGGCAAUGCUCAGAGUCUCCGCUGCGUGUUCUGUUCCAGGGUUCUGGGUGGUCUAUGGCACAGGGACCUGGUCUUCCCGGAAAUAUCAAAGAAUAAAACCGCAGGCACUCACAGAACCCACAAACAGGCUUGUAAAAGAACUGAGAACUUUAUUUAGGCCACAAAGUAGAUAAAUACAUAGCCUUACGUGUUUCAUGCCAGUGGGCACUUAAUCAAAGGCUGUACCUGAUGUUUGCACUGACUCCUUAGGCACCCUAUGGUGGACAGGCCUCUACCCUAACCCUGCCCCCUCCCUGGAUGCCUAUGUAUUAAAAUCAUGUAUAUUAUAUAUAUAUUGCCUGCAGACGUGAAGUACAAUGUAAGGCUCAGUGUCCCUGCUGGCAGUGCUGCCAUAUCAUUGGGGCCGGCAUUUAUUGUGGGGAUCAUUUUACCUGUUGCUGUAAGUAGUUCCCUGUGUCUGCCAUAGAUACAGCCGCUGCCAGAGACCUUACACUUCUAUUGGAUAGCUUCCUCACGCCAAGUGAUUUUCUUUUCUUUUUUUUUAAUUACUUUUGAACCCUCACAAGCUGAUCAAUGAUUGCCCGGGAAAUGACGUGUAUAUGUGUCCUGAUUUUCACAUUCAAAUGAAGAGUCACCCACUUGUCUAGAUUCAUUAGUCCACGUGCUUAGUAGGAAUGUUUGCCUUAGCCUAAACAAGGAGUGCCGACCUGUGGCUUUUCCGCUGUCAUUGAUUACAGCUCUCGGCAGCCAUAUUUCAUACUGGCAGGAGUUGCUCAACAGCCGAGAGCACAGGUAACACAGCCCCAUUAUAAUGCCUGAUGGAAAUCUCUUUACAGAUAAAGAGAUGGAAUAAAACAUGGAAAACAAGGCACCUGUAGCAAGAUGUGUACUGUGCUGCCACCAAGCAAAAGUUACUUAUAUUUUUAGAUACUGUUUUGUUUCUUUGUUUUUAACUAUUUUUGUUUGUGUCAGAGGGGGCAAUAUAAAAUGCUAGAUUAAAUGUUUAGGCUUGUAAAUUCCUUUAAUCUCCGUUUAUGUGUCAUUUUCUGUGCCAAAAAUGUGCCAGCGGGUGCCCUUCUUUGUUAUGGCAAGGACUCUUAAAGUUGUUUUGUUUUUUUCUGUUAGUGGCCAAAAAAUGUCCUUGUGGCAUUGCCCCUUUGCACUCUUUGGAAAGCCAUAAGGAGCUGGGCAGGCAAAUGGGCCUAGUGCAUGAAGCUGACAAUUUGCUAGAUCUUUCUGGAAUAAUCUUGCUGUUUGGUUAGCACCAUAAGGUUAGACUAAAAGUAGUUUGGGCUGUAGUCCUGUAUCGUGCCACGUGUUCCGUCGCUACACCACUAUAUCAUCGGCAAAAUCACUUGUACUUCUCACCAGGGACUCCCAGAAGCCACUACAUGAGAGGGACUCUCUGCCGCCAGCACCCACUCGUCUUGCUGGCGGAUCUGGAUUUGGAAACCUGCUGCUCAGAAUCUCUCGGUUCCCUCUCGCCGUGCUCCUUGAUACAGAUUAGUGCAAAAUGGCCAACCUUGUCCAUCCUGUUAUUUGUGAGAGCUUGGUGGUGGGUGUUAUGUAUAAAAAUGCUCAUAUUGUACAUUUGUAUCAAAUUAAACAACUAACAGUA